AUGGCUGAGCAAGACCGCUACGGCUCCCACUGGGGAGCCAAUCCAAACAAUCCUGUCAAAGAUUCCUCUUCUGUCAACCUUCAGAACAUCCCUGCCCCUCAAGGCUCCGGCGCCGAGCAAGAUCGCUACGGCGGAUGGUUUGCCGGCAAAGCUCCCUCUGUCGACCAGAUUCAAGAUAAGCUCCCCAAAGCUUCCGGAGCUGAGCAGGACCGCUUUGGCGGCUGGUUUGGAGGCAAGGCUCCCUCCGCCGACGAUCUCAAAGACAAAGUUCAAGAAGCUUUACCGAAGACCUCUGGCGCCGAGCAGGAUCGCUACGGCGGAUGGUUCGGACGCAAAGCUCCUUCCGCCGACGAAAUCAAAGAAAAGGCCCAGCAGGUUCUGCCACACACCUCGGGCGCCGAGCAAGACCGUUACGGUGGAUGGUUUGGUGGCAAAGGUCCUUCGGUCGACGACAUCUCGAAGCACCUCCCGCACACUUCUGGUGCUGAGCAGGAUCGCUACGCCGGAUGGUUUGCAGGCAAAGGACCUUCCGCAAGCGACAUCUCCGAGAAGCUGCCUCAUACUUCCGGAGCUGAGCAAGAUCGCUACGCUGGCUGGUUCGGCGGUAAAGGUCCUUCCGCAAGCGACAUCUCGGAGAGACUACCUCACACUUCCGGCGCUGAGCAAGAUCGCUAUGAAGGGUGGUUUGGCGGGAAGCCGAUUCCCGUGGACAAGAUCAACGAAAGGCUGCCUCACACGUCGGGUGCCGAGCAAGACAGGUACGGCAGCCAUUUUGGAGGCCACCCUUUCCCUAACCGCACCGAUCGCAUUGGCUCCGCCGCUGAGCAGGACCGCUACGCUUCCCACUUUGGCCUCCACCCGGACAACCCUAUUCAAACUGCCCGAACUACACCCACCCCAUCCAGCUCGGGUUUGUCGGCGAGCAGAGGCAUAAAUUCCGGCGCAGAGCAAGAUCGGCUUGCGUCGCACUUUGCCGCUCCUCCCAGCAAUCCAAUCAACGCUACCGCAGUCGGACUGUUGCAGAGAGCCAUUCUCCCCUCUUUCGGUCUGCACGCAGGUCUCUCUGCUGUCACAUAUGGUGUGGCUCGCUACACAAACCGGGUAGAACUGAAAGACUGGCUUUGGCCUUCUGGAAUGGUUGCCAACGCUUGGUGGAGCGCUGUUGGCACCCGUGUGGUCUAUGAUGGACUCUCCCUCUCCGAGGCCUGGUCUGCUAUCACUUACCCCGAGAAAGUCAUGCUCACUCAGGUUUCUGCUUGGGGAAUCCGCCUCUUCUACCGCAUUGCCAGUCGUAGCGUGAAGCGUGGGAAGGAUGACCCUCGUUAUGUGACGGCGAAGGAAGACCGCAGUUUCUGGAACAAAUCUUUCAUCAGCAUGUUCUUGCCGGAGGCUGUUUUCCAGACCUUGAUCACCCUUCCGUUCACCCUGCCUUUCCGUGCUAGGUUGGAGAGCGUCAGGUCUUUGCCUCUCCCCGAGAAUGCUUCCUUCUUCCACAGCCUCGCUGUUCUUUUGUUCACUACCGGAUACGCUCUGGAGGUUCUUGCGGACACACAGCUCGAGUCGCACAAGCAACAGAAGAGUGAAGAGCUCAACCGUGAGGGCGUCUGGAGCAUCGUCAGGCACCCCAACUACCUUGGUGAUGCUCUCGUCCACUUCUCGUUCCCUGUUCUUCUCUACGGCGCCGGCAUCCUUCACCCGCUUUCCGUCCUUGGCCCUGUUGUUAAUUACGUCUUCCUUCGCUUCGUCGAUGGUGACAAGGGCAACGAGGCUGACCAGGAGGCGCGCUAUCCCAAGGAAAACCAGCUCAAGUAUCAGCAGCUGAUGGAGUACAAGCGCGAGAAGAACAGCUUCUGGCCUAGCCCUAGUGAGGUCCAGAACAAGUGGACCUGGAUUGUGCUUGCUGCGGGGGCUGGUGGUGUCAUCCUCGAGAGGGGCGUUCACGCGUUCCUCCGUGGUUAA